CAACUGGCUGACCGGACCCCGCCUUCUUGUCUGGUAAGCCUCCAGCUGAUCAUCAGUCACUGUUUGAUCUAGUUGACCCAGAAUUAGACUCUGAGAUCAGACCUCAGGUCGCAACGCUAGUCACUGAAAUCACACAGCCCAGCUUAGGAACUGAACGCUUCGAGCGCUUCUCAAGUGGACUUCUGUGUUAAGAGCACUUGCGGUCCUGAUUCACAUAGCCCAGUGUUUCAGACAAACGGACAAAGACAAAACUUGCAGAGGGUGGCAUACCUGUAAGAAAGCAAUCACGCCAGAGAACCUGGAAAAAGCAAAGAAACUACUGAUCAAGAACAUGCAGCAGGAAAGAUAUCCUAGUGAAUUCAGUAACAUUCAGAGUAAGUCAGACAUUCCAAAACAGAGCAACAUUGCAAAGCUGUGCCCAGUGGCUGACAGCUUUGGACUUCUCAGAGUAGGUGGACGCAUCACUCAGUCUGGCCUUGAGAUAAACCGCACCAAUCCCCUCAUCAUCCCAGUUCAGCACCACCUAACGACUCUCCUUGUGCGACACCAUCACGAGCAGGUAAAACACCAGGGCAGACACUUUACAGAGGGGGCCAUCAGGGACGCUGGACUGUGGCUGGUGGGCGGAAAGAGAUGUAUCAGAGGUACUCUGUCCCAAUGUGUCACCUGCAGGAGACUGCGUGGCAAGCAAGAACAUCAGCUGAUGGCAGAUCUGCCUGCAGACCGGCUACAAGUUGCCCCACCGUUCACUUACGUCGGCUUGGACGUGUUCGGCCCAUGGGAGGUUAUCAGCCGUCGGACGAGAGGUGGACAAGCAAACAGCAAAAGGUGGGCAGUAAUGUUCACCUGUCUGUGUGUGCGUGCUGUACACAUUGAAGUGAUAGAGACACUGAGUGCAUCUAGUUUCAUAAAUGCUCUACGGAGAUUUUUCUCCAUCAGAGGCCCUGCCGCACAGAUUAGGUCUGACAGAGGCACUAACUUUACUGGUGCUUCAAAAGAAUUGAAUCUGGAAGAUGACGCAGACAUGCAACGUUACCUACAAGACCAACAAUGCACAUGGAUUUUCAAUCCCCCGCACGCCUCCCAUAUGGGAGGUGCCUGGGAGCGACUUAUCGGGGUGGCCCGUCGCAUCCUAGACUCCAUGUUCCUGCAGCAACGCUUCUCUUCAUUGACACACGAGGUCCUCGUCACACUCAUGGCAGAGGUGUGUGCAAUUAUGAAUGCGAGACCCCUACUGCCUGUGUCAACUGACCCCGAGAACCCUCUCAUACUCACCCCCUCCAUGCUUCUGACACAAAGGACAGGAGCCCCAUCGUCGCCUCCACCUGACUUUGGCAAGGCAGAGAUCAUCCGUCACCAAUGGAAGCUGGUACAACAUCUCGCAGAGACAUUUUGGCACAAAUGGCAACGUGAAUACCUGAGCACCCUGCAAAGUCGUGCCAGGUGGCAGGACAAAAGGCCUAACUUGCAAGAAGGAGACGUCAUCUUGAUGAAAGACAAUGCAGCACCAAGGAACCACUGGCCAAUGGCAGUGGUCAUCAAAACUUUUCCCAGCAGAGAUAAUGUUGUCAGGACUGUAGAUAUCAGAGUGAUUCGUCACAGCACUCCUAAAGUGUUUAAGAGACCUGUAACUGAACUUGUCUUACUUUUCUCCCCCUAA